GGAAAUCAUGUCUGCUGACUGAAGCUGCUUCGCCUCCCUCGGCUGAAUUUCUCGGAUCUGAGCGGCACACAUGGAGGAGAGACGGCGUGUCCCCUCUCUAAAACGUCCUACAAAUCCACGUGGUUUCAGAUUUUAGCCUGUAAAGUAAUCCUAUCCGUCUAAUCUGACACAAAACUAUAAAUUAUGAGCGGCGUGUAAUCGCGGGGCUUCGAUUUGUGGCUCGACGUGGACACUUUUUGUCAUGUGGUUUGUGGGAAAACCCGGAUUGGAUCGCAGCGGUCACCUGGGCAAAGGACCUAAAAAAAAAGUGCCAAUGAGCUGAUUUGACAAACAACUUCUCCAAAAUUGAGCACAACACAGCCAAGAAUAUCUGCCAGAAAAAGUAAAUAACAAAUUCUCACAAGCCCAAAGCGAAUAAUCGACGUUUGCGCAAGUUUUGACGCAGAAAUGAACCAAAUUAAGACAUUUUUCCUCCUUUCCAACCACCAAUGUCUCAGCAUCCGAUGAGUCACGUGAAUACUAGGCUACACUUUAUGAAAACUUCAACUAAGAGGCGAUAUUAAGAGUUAAACGGUACAAAUUUCACCACGUAAAAAAGCGCCCUAGCUAUAGUCCACUCCAUAUCUUCUUGGGCGCAUGUCGGUGCCGCAGCUUUGCGCGGAUAAACAGCAGCUGUGCGCCGCGGAGCAACAAAAAGAAAACCCAAGGACAAAAACAGAUUUCCCAACGAACUGAAAAGGAAAUAAUCUUCCAUCUGUGAAUCCGAUAGUUAAUCAAUAAGACCCUGACGGUCCGAACUCCCCGGUUGAAUCGCCGCCGCCUCCGUGAAGCCGCGGGAACAGCCGGAGUGUUUUUCUCGUUUUUCCGCACAGACGCAGACGACUCCCUCCUGCUCGGCAGCGGCCUCCAUUUUAGCUCCUUGCCCGGUCGUUGCCUCACGUGUCCUGGACUGUCUUCCUCACAUGACCCGUGUGUUUGUCCCCGUGAUCAACGCUUCCAUCUCCGUAAAUCAGUGUCGUUGAAUAUCGGCGUUUUUUACACACCGGGAAAGCUUCAUGGAUAUGCUGGAGCAGAGUCUGGACAGCUCGGCGAGGUGAGAGGCUGAUGCUUGCUUCCUGCUCGGCGAUGGUGGCUCCCAACACGGCCUCAAAGCCGUUUUCUCCUUUAAGCGCAGUGCUGUUUGUUUGUAGCUUUCACGAACUGAAUACUUUUAAUUCCUGUGAAUUGUUUUGGGUUUUACCUUCUGCUUAAAUCGGCGGCUGUGCAGCUUUCAGGCGUGGUUCCUUUCGGCCCCCGUAGAGACAUUUUCAGCAGAUUUUAGCGCCUUUUUCCCACAUCUGUAACAUCACGAUUACUCUUUAUUUGAUCAACAAUGCAUACAAACACACUGGAGCACUUUGUGUCUGUUUUACAAGCUGGAAUCAAACUAUACUGUGCUGUUUUUCCUCACUAUUGCAGCUUUUUGUAGAAUUUAAAAAGUUAUUCAGUCUGUGGUUAAAAUGCUGAUAUAGUUUUUGAAGUUUGUCUUUUCUUGUGCAAAAUCAAAACCAGUCUAACUUUGAUUGAAACUCCAACUCGAGGCUUUUUCCUCCUUAAAGCUGCAGAAAAUUAGAUUUUUACGGCUUGAUCUUUAGUUGUGUAUAAAUAUAUUUUUGUUUUUUUCCAUCUUUCCUCGUGUCACCGCUAGGGGGCGCCUGUAACUCACAGCCUCUUUAGAAUCAGAACCAGAAACAGAAAUACUUUAACAGAACUCCAGUGCAAAUACAGUAAAAAAGAGGAGAUAAAUUAAAGAUAAAAUAAUUAAAAAUAAAGAGAUAAAUAGAAUAAUUAAAAAUAAAGAGAUAAAUAGAUAAAAUGAAUGAAAUAAGUAAAAGUUAAAAGAUAAAAUCAGUAAAAAUAAAGAGAUAAAAUAAGUCAAAAUAAAGAGAUAAUAUACAAGUAUGUGCACUAUAUACAACACAAACAGUAACAGUUUGUUAAGUUUAGUGUAGAGACCUUACAGUUAACUUCACAAACAGUAGCUGUUAAAUUUCUCAUGUCUGAGAAAGUUUCAUGCUUUGUUUAGUUUGAAAUGGACUUAUUUGGUUUUUCAUUUGGAUUUCAGUCACGACAAACAGGAAACAGAAGAGGUGGUGCAGUUGCAAGAAGGUGGGUGCCGAAUUUUUGGUAAUGCCGACAUAUGAGGCAAAUAAUCUUUUCUAAAAAUAAUAUCUGUGCUGCAUGUUUUAGUGUUACUUCUUUGAGCCACAUUAGGAAAAUCUGUCGGUAAGCACCUGCAGGAAUGCAUCCUCUCAUGUGCGUGUUUCACGACUCUGUUGUGGUGCAGAGCCACAAAUCUAAACCAGGCUUCCUUGUGUUGCAGGAGAGGCGGUGGGGACCGAGGAACAGACUGCAGUGACCAUCACUGGUGUUCCUCAAGCUGCGUUCGCUGAUCACAAUGUACAGUAUCAGUUUCGCACAGAGAACAGUGGAGGACAGGUGGGCAUGGAGAACUUCUCCACACGACAGUUGAUGUAGCUAAUAAAUCAGGCCACACCUCGAAGUAAGAAGAAGCACUCAACAGAUAAUGUAUAUGACUAUCUAAUGUAACAGGACUAUGUUCUACAGGGAUGUGAGUGUAACUUCUGGGUGUUUGAAAACCUGUCAUUAAACAGCUUAUUGUGUUAGCCAAGAAUGAGCAAAUACAAAGAAUAAGCUUUGAAGCAUUAGCUGAGUGAACCUUGAAUGGAGGAUGAACUAACUGCUCCACACCUUACACACACAAGUUGUUUUAAGCUUCAACACAUGGAGAAAUGUGAGUUUUGACACACCUUUCUCGGCUUAUUGAUAGUUGCUGAGUUGUGAUUAUAAUUUUCCUGCUCCUUGUUUCAUAUUCAAGCUUGUAUUGGUGUGUUUAUUUUUGUCCCUUAUGCACAAGCUCCUCCAAACCAAUUGUUCCUAAAGGGAUCAAUAAAGAUGCUUCAAUUGAAUUGAUUGAUGUUUAGGAGAUGGGAUUAGCUGUUGGUGAAUUUAAGGUUGAAGCUCUGUAGGCGGUUUUCAAGACUGAAGGUCCCUCAGCAGAUUUAGAGAAAAAACAGGUUACUCAUUGUUUUGUUUCCGUUAAUGUUAAUUUUGCAGUGAUUCAGCCGAAUUCUGAUAACCACAACAACCAAAGUACCACGGAAAACAGAUUGUACCACUUGAUAACAAGUGAUACGAGGAAAUUACCCUCCUUAUGAGACGGCGAAAAGGUCAAUGUUAAAACAGUGUGCUAAUCAAAUCUGAGCGCUUUAUAGUUUCCCAGUGUGAACUUCUUAUUUCUCUCGGAUGUGUCCUCAGGUGACCUACCGCGUGGUUCAGGUUACAGACGAUCAUUUAGAGGCUACAGCAGAUGGGACUGGAGCUGUGAGCGUCGUAUCCACGGCAGCAUUUGCUGGAGCCCCUCAGGCAGUAGCUCAGGUUUGUACACAGACAGUAAUGAAACUGAAGCAGCUGUAAAGAUGUUAUUUUUCUGACUUGUCUCUUGACUCCACUUUUAACAGGCUGUUAUCCAGAAUCCGUUCAGCAAUGGAGGCAGUCCUGCGGGGGAGACGGUUGGAGGGGAGACACGUUUUGCAUAUUUUCCUGCUGCAACUGUUAGCGAUGGAACAGCCACGGCCGUGUCGGUGCAGGCCACCACCGACCAGACCAUCACACAGGCGGGAGGUGAGGAGAAGGCCAGAGAGGAGCGACUUUUGAACACUUUCAAUUUGUUUUUUUUUUGUUUUUUUUGAUUGUCAAAAAAAUUUAUAAAAAUAGUUAAGAACGUGCAACCAAAAAAGGAGAAAAAGGUAACUCAGUAUUCCUUCAGACAAAAUCCCCCCUUUUUCGUCAGUGACCAUUGGAGCCACAGAAACACACACACACACACACACACACACCUGCCUCCCCCGCUCCUCUCCCUGCUCUCCUCUCUCCACCCGUGGUUAUACUGCUGCAGCACAUGUUGAAAAUACCUCCAUCUAUGGUUAAUUUUAGUAACAUCUUUUGUGUUACACAACGAUGUCUGCUUGUGGUGACAUGAAACUAACAGCUGUUUGAGGGGAGGGGCAGAGUGAACUGCUGAUAAGGGAAGAAAAAGUGCGUGUCUGUUGAACCUGAUCAGGCAGAAAAAAAAUCAACUUUUCAAAUACAAAUACAGCUUGAGUUUGACUUGACUGCAUUCAGAGGGUGUUCAUAGAGUACAGGACUGUGUAUAAAUUAUAAAACCGAGAGAGCGCGGCGUGCAGGAAAAGGACAGGAAGUUGGCAUUGAACCCGUACUGCCUGUCUGAGGCUCCCAGUCUCUGUGCACGGGGCCCAUAACGUGACCAUUAAACCAAACUGGUGCACCUGUGACUGUAUUUUGUCUCUUGUCAUGCAGGUCAGUUUUACGUGAUGAUGAGCCCCCCUGAGGUGCUGCAGACGACGACUCCCCGCACCAUCGCCCCACGCACACACACCUACACUGCGUGAGUAUUAAAAUAACACUUCUUGGCACCUUCAUCCCUCCCUCUGAAAUAACCAAAUCACCAUAAUCUCCCCACGUGCUUGGCCGGAUCCUCACCUCCACAUUUCCUCACCCCCUUUCCCCCCCUGUAACUGCACUGUGGAUUGGAUUUUCUUAAUCAUUGCCUCCCCUCUCUGGAAUGAUUGGUUUUGUCAUUGUGUGUAAAUAAAAAACAAAGAUACAAAAGCGAAUCAUUAUCCAUCAUUUAAAACAUCCAACAUCUGAAAAACCACACUCUGUCCUACUUACCUGCCAUCCCCAGAGACCUCGGUGAAAGCGAGAUGUUGCAGCAUGGCAGUACAAACUGGUGAGAAGAAUUUUCACAUACGCCCCCCACCCACCCACCCACCCACCCAGCCCCGUCAUGUGUUAGAGAGACAGAGGUUUGGGGGAUCACUGAUCAGUCCCUAGCAUCCUUGUACGUUGACAGUUUUGGUUAAAAGGCAGCUCUAGACAAACAACAACCAGACUCCUGUUUGCACAAAUCUAUCUGAUAGAUAUCUAUACAGCCUGUUAGUCUGUGUCCCUGAGAAAGAUCUCAGUUCUUACAUGAACCCGGGCUGUGUCCCCUUAUUACGAACAGUUAAAAAGUAGAGGUGAAAAUAAUAUCGCACUUUAUGAAACUCUGCUAUAAAUAGGGUUGGGUAUCGUUUGAUUUUGAAUGAUUCCGGUUUCAAAUCCGAUUCCUUGUUUUGAUUCCGGAUGAAUCCUGAGGUGUUUAAUCCUGUUGGUCGUUCACCCUCCUUUACAGGAUAUAACUGUUAUAUUAAUGUUGCACAGAGAUAAGAGUUCAUUCCUUCUGAUAAAGUUAGACAAACUUUAGACUGCCGCCGCUGUGGGUUACAAUGCUCUGUCUCUCUCUCUCUUUCUCUCUCUCUCUCUCUCUCUUCUCUCUCUGAGGCUUCGUCUCAUACGCUUCUUCCUCGUUGGUGUUUGGCGGCUAUUUCUUCCGGUCGGCGGACUUCGGCAUUGAAAUUUGGGAUCAAAAUUUUAAAAUUUGAACGAUUCCGGGAGAAUCAAAAUGUUAGUCCCGGUCCUCAAAGAUGAUCGGGACUCGAUACCCAACCCUAGCUAUAAAGACCAUUUUUAUCCGUCUAUACUUCUCACAGAUGUAUUCCACUUCAUUUUACAGUUGUGUCAUUGAAGUUUAUUGAGAAUCAUUUUUAUUUUAGCUGUUUUUAUAACUUUAUGUUCGUAUAUGGAUGCAUACACACAUUGCUAUGCUGCUUAGGCCUGCACUGCUGCCAAGCUUGAACUCAGUCUAUUAAUAAAUAAAGAAUCUUAAUGUUUUGUCAACCAGCUAAAAUAUGUGAUUUCAACAUAAUUUCACUGUCACAUUUGUCUUCCUGUCAUUGCAGGAAGGUGGAGGGUCCACGGGCACCCAGAGAUGAGAGACGAAGAGCCCAGCAUAAUGAAGGUAUUCCACUGAUGUUUGAAAGGCUUUUGUCCUCCUACCUGUAAUGAUAAUAGGUAACGGUUUAAAGAUACAGGAACUUCAAGCUUAUAAUUAGACUUAGACACAGUGUAGAAACUGUUUUCUGUGAAUCAAAGCUUGGCGUAACAAAUAAGAUUCUCACUCUUUCCCUUUUUUUGCAGUGGAGAGAAGACGAAGAGAUAAAAUUAACAACUGGAUUGUCACGCUUUCAAAAAUCAUCCCUGACUGCAGUAUAGACAGUAGAACUGGAGCGGUGAGUGCUGAGCCAAAGCAGUCCUUAAAACAACAUCCAAAAUUACGUAUGUUCAUAAUAUGUUUUGUCUGGAGACACUUUUUGUUGAGUUUAUCUAAUGUUGCUCCAUGAGUGACUCAGAGUUUGAUCAAAAGAUUUUUUCUGGUUUAGUCACUUGAGGGAAAGUCCAAGAAGAUCAAAGUGAAACAUUAGUUCCCGUAGAAAGGAAGAUAUGAGUCAUGUUGAACACAGAGGGUUUUUUUUAAAUGUGACUUCUGUGUUUUUCAGAGUAAAGGAGGCAUCCUGUCCAAAGCUUGUGACUACAUCCGAGAGCUGCGUCAGAGUAACCAGCGGCUGCAGGAGAGUUACAAAGAGGUGGAACGAGUGGAGAUGGACAAUGAGCUUCUAAGACAGCAGGUUCAUGUCCUUUUUCUUUAGUUCACUUCAUCCAAAUAAAAUCUUUAUGGCUGAAAUGGUGUUUAAUCAAACACAGAAUUCUCUGUAAGCAGCAUUUUUUCAACCCCUUUGGAGUUUUUGUAAAAUAUGACUGCAAAAGUGGGAAAACUCCAAGACCCGUAAAAAUACCGUAUUUUUCACACUAUAAGGCGCACUUAAAAUCUUUUUGGCCUGUCGGAGCGCUGCAGCUACCGUAGCCUCGUGGAGUUAUUGAAUGAGUUAAAUAAAGUUUGACUUAUCAGACUGUUUUGUUUGGCUUUAUGGGCUUUACAAUCCGGUGCGCCAGAAAAGCGUUUUCAACUAUAAAUGGGUCAGGCCUUAGUAUCCUGCUAUUGCUAGACUUAACUACUUUUGUGCUCACUAUGUAUUAAAAUGCGAGCAAGCAAGCUAAUUAAGUUGCUCCUUCUCUUACUAUUGACAUAAUAAUGUUUGUUUCUCUUCUAGAUCGAGGAACUGAAGAACGAUAACGCACUUCUUCGAGCACAGCUACAGCAGCAUGGCGUAGAAGUCAAUGGAGAUGCCACACCACAAUGAUUGUGGACUGGACAUGUAAACACCACAAAAACACAGUGUCGCAUCCUCCCACCCACCUGAACAAUACAAGGAAAGGAUUAACAAUGACAGACAAUUUCCAUCUGAAAUUGAACCACAGAAACACACACGCACAGGGCUUGCUGGAAAAAAACUGAAGGACUACAAACUGAAAACACCUCCACCUGUUUUGAGCAGUUCAAAGGCUGAGCGCUGUAACUGUGUAGCUAACUGAACCUCUCACCUCUGCUUCAAGGAAAUCAACCUCUUCACAGCGCCACCACCACUACCACGCUUGCACCAAGCUUACUUUUCACCUUAAACGAUGAACCUGCCACAAGGAGUUUCCUUUUAAUAAUUUCACCUUUUUAUUGCCCGUAAACUCUUACUCCUUCUUCCCUUGUUUUAGUUGAUAUUUGCUGUGUGUGAAACUACUAAAUGUGACAUGAAUGAUAGCUCGGAUUUCCUUUAAUUUAUUAGUCUUUAAAGAAUGUGAACAUGGAAAGAAAAGUUGAUCUCUGAAUUCACUCUUUCCCCUGCAACAAAACUGUGCUUUUACUGUCAGUGGAUCAUGUGUAUAUAUGGCUGAUCUAUGCGCAGUUUGAGGUCAGAUUUUCUGCCUCUCAAACCGGACACUCCAUGCACCAGGCAGAGCUCACAGACUAAAUAAACAAGUGUCUGAUGUUAGUAGAUAAAAACAAAUGUAAUACCUUUCAGAUGGUUGGAGUAAAGUCAGCUUUGAUAGCACAGGCUUGAAGGUUUUAUAUGUAGUGGGAGGCCUUAAUAGAAGCCUGUUGGAGAACCUAGGUGUUAAUAUAGCUCAGGUAAUUGGGAUAGUGCACUGGCAAGUGGUUCCCAAACCCAAUGAAGUCUUUACUAAUAGAGAUCUGAUCUCUGUUGUGUCCCCAUUAGGUGCAAUGUACAGAUAAAUGAGAGAGUGGGAAUGAUUUUCAAUGUGUUAAUCAUUUUUUAAUGGGCAUUAAAAUAUAGUUUGUUUGUAUAUCUGCUUAAUAGGUCACUGAUGUAAGGCACUGAAAGGGAGGAUCGGUUAUUAAGAGCUUUCGGGUUGGGACUGGCCUCUGUUUGGCCCACUGGUCCUGCUGCAGUUUAGUGGCUUUUUUUGCAAUAUUCCCUAAUACUUAAAAAAAAAAAAAAAUACUUUGGGAACCCUUGCUGGUGACAGAAGACCUCCAAACAAUAACUGUGGUCAUGAAUGUGCAAAUGGUAUUUUGGUAGCAAGUGAUGAAAACUAACCAGCUUUUGUCUACACUGAAAGUCACCACAGCAUGGAAAUAUAACCACUGGCAUGACUAAUUCUGAUACUACAAUAAAACAAGUGUUUAUACCUGAGUUUGGAUUGAGGUUUAAUC